AUGUUGAAGUUAUCUCUUGUAGUAACUAUUUUUGCAUUUGUUAUAAUAACUGAGACUUCAUGUCAACGACCUCAUAUAAUACUUCCCACUUACAGACCGCCUCCACAAAGGCCAAUUAUUAUCCGGACUGUUCGAGAAGUCAAAAAUGACGAACCCCUGUGGCUAUACAAAGGUGACAACAUAGAACGGGCGCCUGCUACUGGAGACCAUCCAUAUUUACCACCGUACAUUGACGACAUCAGAUUGGACCCACACACCAGGACUGCUCGCAGUUUCGAUUCGCGCAGUUCUAAACACUCCGGUGGAAGUCACACGACCUCGAAUGGAGACAGGGGAACUGGUCCAACGCACCCCGGCUAUAACCGUCGAAAUGCUUAA